ACGAAAUUGAAAGAAACGGCGAGAAACAGAAGAGAGAAUAGAGCUUGUAGACUGAGAAGGAAAGAAACACAACUGAUCUCGGAUUUUCUUUUAUUUUCGGUUUCAUCCCGUUAGGAAGAUUUGAAACCCUAGUUUUCUGCGAGGAAUAGCCGUAUCUGUCGAGAUUUCUCGAAAGGGAGGGCUUGGAAGGACUUCGUCUGUUGUUGUUUUGUAAUGAUCGUGGAUCAGAGAUGGUAGCAGAAGUGGAAACUGUUUGUCACCAGAGCAUUUCUGUUCUGGAUGUCCAGUACCGGUGUAUCGCGAAGGGAAGCAAUCUUCAGAAGAUCGAUGACAUUGUCAACGUCUCUACGCCUUCUCCGCCUCUUUUUCCGGAAAUUCAUGCUCCGGGAUCGGUCUCGACCAAUAUUUUGCGCUCCGAAGGGGAUGCAAGAACAUUGAGCACCAUUUCAGAUGCUGACAUUGAAUCUGCCGGUCUCCCGUUUGUCCCAAGCAUCCGUUCAGGAAGUUUCGCUGACAUUGGGCCUAGGAGAUUCAUGGAAGAUGAACAUAUACAGAUAGAUGAUCUUUCAAUGCAUUUGGGGUCACUCAUGAGAUGUCCUGAGCCAAUUGCAUUUUACGGGGUGUUUGAUGGUCAUGGAGGACCUGAUGCAGCAACAUUUUUAAGGAAGAAUGCAAUGAGGUUCUUCUUUGAAUAUGCGGAUUUCCCCCAGUCAUCUGAGGAGGCUGAUGAUGUUCUCUUAGAAGAAGUUGAAACUUCCAUCCGAAAAGCAUUCCUUCUAGCUGACCUUGCUUUGGCUGAUGACUGUAAUGUUAGCAACUCAUCUGGCACGACAGCACUCACUGCCCUUAUACUUGGCAGGCUUCUGCUAGUCGCUAAUGUUGGGGAUUGCAGGGCAGUCCUUUGCCGGAAAGGAGAAGCAAUUGAGAUGUCUCAAGACCACAGGCCCAUCUAUCCAUCAGAACAUAAGCGUGUUGAGGAGCUGGGUGGGUUUGUUGAUGAUGGGUAUCUCAAUGGUGUACUAUCUGUUAGCAGGGCCUUGGGAGAUUGGGAUAUGAAGUUUCCACGGGGUUCUCCUUCACCUCUCAUUGCAGAGCCAGAGUUCCAGCAGGUGAUCCUUACAGAAGAUGAUGAGUUCCUCAUAAUUGGCUGCGAUGGUAUAUGGGAUGUCAUGUCAAGCCAACAUGCUGUCAGCGUUGUGCGCCGUGGGCUUCGACGACAUGGUGACCCAAAGCAGUGUGCCAGGGAUCUGGUCAUGGAGGCCCUCCGUCUAAACACCUUUGACAACCUUACUGUUAUUGUUGUUUGCAUUUCCUCGCCUGACCAUAAGAGGGAGCUAUCUCCUCAAAGACAAAGGGCAUUGAGGUGCUGCAGUCUUUCGGCUGAGGCACUAUGCAGCCUGAAGAACUUGUUGGAUGGCAAUUGAAGCCAAGUAUAAAUAUCUUCGGGAAAAUCCUCGCGGGAGAGGGUGGAUUCUGUUUUGAGGCUCUCCUUCAAAAAGGAAAAAUGUAGGCAGUAGUUUUUUAUGUGCAGUUAGUUAGGGGUUGGGCAUUGGGCUGUGUUUUAUGACCUUUAGUUGCUACUCGCGGGUUUUUGUAAAUAUUUACUGAGGUUGGACGUGUCGUCAUUGCUAAUUGUCAUUUAUCAUUCAAUUGAAUCCCAACAACCCUUCCGUGUA